UUUUAUGUGUAGCAUCUAGUUUGAUAUGGCAAAUUCGGUGGUAUGGGAAGUCCAAGAGCUGCUGAUUGCUUUGAUAUUUCAAACCAUUCUCUAAUUCACAAAGUGAGUGAGGAGGAUAACAAACUUGGCAUUGGGAAGCAAUUCCCAGGAUUGAAUCUGAAAGCACUGAACAAUCCAAACCUGUAUGCAGCGGAGAAGGAAAUAUAUUUGGGUUCAUUGUGUCACGUUUCACACGCAGCAAAACCAUGGCAAUUUUGCAUGGUCUUGUUGAAAAAUGGAAAUUAUGACACUAAAUCUGGGCUUUGUCCUGAAAAUGGUAAAAAGGUACCACCAUUUAGUCCAGGAAGAUUUCCAUGUUUUGGAAGUGGAUGUAUGAAUCAGCCAAUCUUGUACCAUCAGCCCACAAGUUUGGAUGGAAAGGACACAAUGAAAGGAGGUUUUAAUUGUACUUAUGAAUUAGAUGGAAAUUCUUACUUUGAGGUUGCCUGGGAGAAAAAAUUUGGUUCAGGGAGUUGGGAUUUUGCUCAUAAAUUAAGGACCUUGAAAAAAUAUCCAUGGCUUAUGUUGUAUCUAAGAGCCGAUGCAACCAAGGGAUACUCCGGUGGCUACCAUUACGACACUAGAGGAAUGCUCAAAACUUUAAGUAUUAGAAAUCCCAGUUUGAUUAUGUCCAAUUUAAUGCUAAAUUUUCACUUUUUAUUUUGUGAAAUUUGGGUACUUCGCAUAAUCCAUUUCGAGGUCGAUCUUACGUGUGAGUUUUCUGAAUCAUCAAAACUAAAUUUCCAUACUCGAUCUGAGACAAGCUUCUCUGUGGCGAUCGUGAAGGUUGAAUUUACCUAUUGCAUUCAAAAGAUAGGUGCAGGCCAAGAAGAAAGUAACAGGAAGGAUUUUUUAGAGCUAGCCAACCCAACGGUUUGA